UUUUGGUCUGCAUCAGAAUCAAUAACAAGUGGCAUAAUAUGGAGCAAUGUGGGCUGUUUCGGGAGUAUGGAGUCUUUUUCAUGCUUCACUUCCAACACAUCAUCAUCACAAUCUUAGUCAGUCAGUCAGUGCUGUUGGUUGGUAUGUGCUAACUUUUUCGCACUUGCAUUCGAAUCUAUUUCCAUCUAGAUCGAUCGCCUCUUAGAACCAACGCUUAGAGGGAGUGUUUUGUCUUUCCUCUGUCCUUGGUACCUGACCCUGAUGCCUUAGACUACGUGGCAGCCUCUGUACUCUCUACUCUGGACAUAUCGAAACCCUGUACCUGUCUGUACCUGGCUAUCAUGCCUGACCCUGGGAAGGAAAACUUCUCUUUUGAUCGGCGGGCUCGGGCCGGAGGUUGCGUCGCGCUGUGAAUGGAUGAGAUGCGCUGUGUGUUAUGCUGACUGUGUUGUGUUGCUUGUGUUGCCGGAAACUCACCUCUUUCUAUGUGACGUCGGCCCGCGCCAAUCCAGGUUCAACCCUUGCUUCAAUGUGCCUUGCUUGGUUCAAGGAACAUCAUAUCACAUCAAAUACCUUGGUCCUUGAUCUUGGUUUUGCCUGUUGUUUCGGCCUGCUCCGCUAGGCGUGUCAAUUCCAUCUACCCAUUUGGAUGGAGCCUGUGUAAGUCGAAUUGAAGUGAGGGAUAACUUUAACUCAUACAAAGAAAAUGCAAGGUUACAGAGUAUCCAUCGUGGCUUUGCAUUACUUUGCUCUGCUUUAGUGCACGCACAAUGGACUUUGGUACUGCCAAAGCACGGCAUUUGCACAACUGUCGAUAUUGACCAGUACCAUAUCAAUGUCUUGAGCAAUUUGUUUUUGCUUUUUAUUUCAAGCGUCCCAGCCAAUUAAACUCUCAGAAAGUCCCGGGUAUCAUCUCGGCAUUCUUUGUCUCUGAGGCUCUUCAGGAUGUUUAUGAUUAAUCGUCAUGACAGGGUAGCAUAAACUGAUGUUUUAGAAACAAAACAAUGGUCUCUUUAUUUUUCCCACCCUCUUCACAUUCCAGGCCAAAGUCAGCGAGCCACUUCCAAUCAAGGUCUCUCCAACAGAAAAGAAACUUUUUAUCUUGUUCUUGUUCAAUGGCUUCCGGUUCGUCGCUUGGUUCGGGUCCCUGCCGUGUCAGCGGUUGAGGUGUGACAAAGGCAGGGCGGCUGUGAUACGUGAACAUCCGUGUCAAUUGUUGUGCAACGCGAUACACAUGCCUCUGGCCAAAAGAGGAUAUCGUACUGAAGUCACCGAAGAAAGGAUGAAUCAACCUCUAUCCGUACAAGGAAGGGAGUUCUCAACAACUCGUUAACACGACAUCAGACUAUACCAACACCCUUCUUUAUCCCUCAUCUUCAUCCCUGAGUUGUCUCCGAGGCAAACGCCCUUUGUUCUGUAUCUGAUGCCAGGAUUAGGAAACAUUCAGGUACCUCUGGUGUGGUUACACCACGUGGAAUCAUGCCCACCAUCAGCAACUGCGGCUCAAAGGCCGAAUGGACGUCUCAACGCCUCUUGCACCACUCACUCGCCCAGUGCCAUUGACCACAACCACAGCCAUCUCCGACAUGUUGCAACUCUGUUGAUGCCUUGUUUUUUCAUGCUGAUAUGAUUUGAUCGUCGGCUAUUCCAACGUCAAUUCGAUAGGCUGUGACGUUGACACAUACAUCGCCGUUUCAGAUUGGGGGAUCAUCGUUUAUGCCGAGCGGCAUUUCACUUACACGCUUACACGUACCUCAGGCUCCAGCGCCAUCUUUCUGACGACAUCCUCACUCUGCACCGCCCAAUAACGGAAGAUGCGGCUAUUAUGGGUCAAUCCGUCUUACACUGUCUCCCUUCGGUUUCCAUUUGUAACGGUGGUGUUUACAAAGACCAAUUGUCUUGCUGAGACUUCAACACAGGGUCUCGUUGCGCAAUGCAAAGCCUGGCAAUGGUGUUGCAUCAGGAAAGGCACCAUGUCAAUACCAUACAGCCGAGGAUAAUAAAAGUCAAAGGCAAAUAUGGAUCCCUACGACUACGGUUAUCUCGCCUAUGGGGGGGGGAAUACACGGUUUUCUCCCACGUCUGUCUGAGACCUGAAGGAUGAAGGGGUGCAACCAUUUACACCCGCGGCACCCCUUUGGGCAGCCAUGUCUCUGAAAUACACACAGAGGCUAUGUUCUACAGCGUUCGCGACUCCAAGCCAUGAAUUUCUCUGCACAUGUUUUGCUACUGCGUAGGUGGAGGCGGUGUCUUGUUGCCCACCAAGCCGGGACUGCAUAGGACGUCAGCCCAGAACGCCUGUCUCGUACGGUCCAGCACGCCCGUAUCGACUAUCCCAUGCUUAUGGCGUCUUUUCGUGCUUCUUAUUCCAGUUUCCAAACUUUCAGCUAGACAAGGCGUGGCCCCCACCGCCUAUGUUGGGCUGUGUGCUUAUCUCUUACACAGAUACAAACGUUUUCUAUCACAGUAUCGUUGCUUCUUUAGGCGCUUGAUAUCUUUAGAAAGAGCACCGAAACAUGUUGUAGCCUAUCAAUACCCGGUCCCCCGAUGUGUUGAUCUAUGACAAGUCCUUACAAUCUUAGUAGAAACGAGUGGUUGUUACAAAAGUGCUACAAGAUUGAAUGGCGAGACGCCGUGUGUUAGCAGAUCAUGUUGCACUUCUGCGGUACUUAGGGUAUACGUGAUUCGGGGACUCAAUGAAAGAUUGAUAAUAUAUCGCGUUAUAUGAGCAUAAUUAUGGUCAUAGCUCCUAGGCACUGACAAGCUAUCAUUGUCUCCGGAUAUGUGUAUGCUCGCCUCGGUUGCCAAAAGUUGAUAGAUCCGUUUCAUGAUCCUCCCUCG